GUAUCAUUUUUCGGCGCCUUUUUUUCUUCCCCCUGAGAAGUGCUUAGGGACUAUAAUAUAUGCACGAAAUUGUUCCCGAAGAGUUACGCAGCAAAUGUGCACAUUUUUGCCUAGGCGAAACUGCCAUAAACGGGUAAAACAUCUGCCAUAAGCAAAUCUUCCAUUUCAGAAAAACACUCUCCCGACAUAUCUUCUGCACUGUACAUAGUAAUAACGCGUAAAGACAUGUUACAUGUUAAUCAUUAACGUAAAUUUUUUAGUACCAAAAGAGGCAGCAUAUACCCGUACACACGUAACUGCCCCUGCAUGGACGAGGAUCAAGUGUUUACCCCAAUUUAGAACUGCCCCACUCGAAUAUGAACUGAUAGCACAAUGAUGUAGCCAAAAUGGAGAACGAAAAAUCCACCAAACCCAAUGAAAACUACAAAAACCUCGUGGACUGCUACUACUUGUUGCUAAAAAAGUUCAAGAAGAAGAGCUCUUACGUGAUAGAUGAAUUCCUAAUAAAGGAGAAUAAAGAAAGUAAUGGGACCUUAACCAUUUACGAGGAUGUUGACUCGGAUGCUUUUUCCUUCUUAAUUUUGUCAAUGAUUGAUUCCAGUUACGACCGUAUUAACCGAAUCAACGUCCUGAAUGUCCAAAACGGAAAUGACAUAAUAAAGGCGAUUUGUUUUUACAUGGACAACAUAAAAAUCAGCGAACUUUUAAAAAAAAACACCAAAAAUGUGAGGAAGAAGAGCACAAACGUAGAUAAAAAAAGUAAACUUAAUUUAAAAAAAAAAGGUGUUGGAAGAGAAAAAGAGCCGGAAGAAGAACCACCCAACGAAGUGGUUAACAAAAAUAUGUGUAAUGUUAAAUCGUUCAGCCUGUUCAAUAGUAACAUAGAUAUAAACGGAAUUGUGCUUCUUUCCAAAUCGUUGUACGAUAAUGGUUAUGCAAAGCUAGAAAAUUUAUCCAUAGAUUGCAUUAACUUAAAUUGCCACUGCCUCAAGUACCUGUCCCUGUCCCUUUGCAACUAUAACAGUUUAAAAACGCUCAGCUUUCAAUACUGCAACAUGGGCAACGACUGCAUCAAAUACAUCAUAGACAUAGUCAUAUACUUGAACUCUUCUCUAACUACUUUGAAUUUAAGCGGGAAUAAGUUUAACGCACAAGGGAUGCGCGCUCUUUUCGAAAGCUUUUUGCUAAACAACUCCCUAAACACCAUAGAUGUUUCUUACAACAUGUUCAAUUUAGAUGACUCCUUUGUGGAAACGUUUUGCAAAAUUAUCGUCAGCCAAACGAACAUCUGGAGCAUUUCUCUAAUUGGGAACUUCAUCGAAAAUGACAAUUUGGUCAAAAUAAAUGACGCUAUGACUCUUAAUAAGUCGAUUUCUAUUUUGAAGCUACCUCACGAGUAA